CUUCUUCUGACGGCGCGGGAAUGCAAGCAGUGGGUUGGAGAAAAGGGAAACGUUACUUCCAGCGAACCGCCGCCACCGCUCCCGAGGCCUCACCAAAAUGGCCGCCACGGUCUCGGCCGCCACCACCACCACAACCACCACGACUCGAUCUCUACCGCCGGCGCGGCCCGUGCUCUCGCGAGAGACACUUACAUGGAGAAAUGAAGCAAAUUAGCACUGGAGACUGGGCCUUCUAAUUACCAUAGCAGCCCACAUUUGUAACACUCUUUUUAUGAUUAUGGUUUCCCAAUAGCUCACAAACACCUAUGCCAUCGCUUCGCAAAGUUUCUAGGUUAAAAAGAGGAAACAAACAAACAAAAACCUUUCUAGGUUAA